AUGGGUGAUGUUGAGAAAGGCAAGAAGAUUUUUAUUAUGAAGUAUUCCCAGUGCCACACUAUUGAAAAGGGAGGCAAGCACAAGACUGGGCCAAAUCUCCAUGGUCUCUUCGGGAGGAAGACAGGUCAGGCCCCUGGAUACUCUUACACAGCCGCCAAUAAGAACAAAGGCAUCACCUGGGGAGAGGAUACACUGAUGGAAUAUUUGGAGAAUCCCAAGAAGUACAUCCCUGGAACAAAAAUGAUCUUUGUCGGCAUUAAGAAGAAGGAAGAAAGGGCAGACUUGAUAGCUUAUCUCAAAAAAGCUACUAAUGAGUAAUAAUUGGCCACUGCCUUAUUUAUUACAAAACAAAUGUCUCGUGACUUUUUUAUGUGUACCAUACUUUAAUAGAUCUCAUACACCAGAAUUCAGAUCAUGA